GAAGUCGCUAUCACAAAUCGGGGAUUAUGAAAGUUCCUGGGUGGGUGGGAACUAAACUAAUAUGACUAUGCAACAUUAACUACAUAAAAAGCUUUUCCAGGGCAAUAUUAACACGUUUGUAAGCAGCUGACUUACUUAGUGUUUCAGUUUUUAAUGUAACUUGCUCCACGUAAUUUAGUCGGCGACACUAUAGUGACGACGGGUGGCGUUUGUUUUUACCACCUUCACGUUAGCUCGCCGGCUAACUAGUAUGGCAGCUCCUACUACCGACCCUUUGACACAUGGGAGUGUCGCGGCACUAAGAUGUCUUUAACCCAGGCUUGACAGCUGCUGACACUAUGUGGAGCAUCGGCACCAUGGAGGCUCCGGUCACCACCAGCUCUCCCUCCAACUCCUCCGAUGUUCCCACCACCAUGUCCAUAGACAAGCUCUUCCCGGCUCUCCUGGAGUGCUUUGGGAUAAUAUUGUGUGGUUACAUCGCCGGGAGGGCAAACAUCAUCACAUCCACACAGGCUAAAGGAUUGGGGAAUUUCGUGUCCAAGUUUGCCCUGCCGGCGCUUCUGUUCAAAAACAUGGUGCUGCUGGACUUUGGUAAUGUCAUCUGGCCUUUCCUCUGGAGCAUCCUCAUCGCCAAAGUGGCUGUGUUUGUCCUGGUCUGUGUCCUAACACUCAUAGUUGCAAGUCCUGACAGUCGCUACAGUAAAGCUGGGCUCUUCUCAAUAUUUGCCACCCAAAGCAAUGACUUUGCUUUGGGAUAUCCUAUUGUUGAAGCCCUAUACCAGAGCACGUACCCAGAGUAUCUCCAGUACAUCUAUCUGGUUGCACCUGUCUCCCUAAUGCUUCUGAAUCCUAUCGGCUUUUCCCUCUGUGAGAUCCAGAAGUGGAAGAAUCAGGGAAACCACCAGCAGAGCAAACUUGUGAUCAUGGGACUUGUAAUGUUACAGGUCCUGAAGAACCCUAUAGUGUUUAUGGUGGUCAUCGGCAUCAUCGCCCACUUUGCCCUGCACCAGACUAUUCCUGCCUUCAUGGCUGAAUUUGUGGAUGGCUUGGCCAACUCUUUUGGGGGAGCUGCUCUGUUCUACUUGGGUCUGUCCAUGGUGGGCCAGUUGAGGAAAUUGACCAGAUCCACCAUCCUGACACUGAUAUUACUCAUCACAGCGAAAUUGUUGCUGAUGCCUGUGAUUUGUAAGGAAAUGGUGGACAUGUUGGACAAUAGUAACACCAGCGCUGUCAACCACACAAGCCUCUCCAAUUAUGCCUUUCUUUAUGGAGUGUUUCCCACUGCACCGAGCGUGGCUAUCUACGCUGUGUAUUAUAAUGCGGAGCUGGAAGUUGUUACAUCUGGGAUGGUGAUCAGCACUUUCCUCUCAGCUCCAAUAAUGUAUGUUUCUGCUUGGCUACUUACAAUGCGUUGGAUGGAUCCUCAGCUUGUGAUGAAUUCACUGCAGAAAGUCAGCGUUAACAUAAGCAUAGUGAGCUUAGUUGCACUGGUGUGGACGAUUGCAGUCAUGUUUUUAAGUAAGAAAUUCAAAAGGAUACCUCACAUGUUUACUGUCAACCUUUUCUUGGCACAGUUUCUAACUUGUGUUGGAAUGAUCCUGUGGACCUUCGUGGUGAAGAGCGACAACUUUAUCGGGCAGACUCUGAUUUUCACAUUAUUAUGUACCUCACUCUACAGUACUUAUGUGUGGCCAGGCUUAAUAGCACUCUCACUUGUGCUUACGAAAAGGUUUGAGGAUCUGAAAGUUUUACCCGGCGCGUUUGUCAUUGUAGGCUGGGGGUUUCCAGCCUUAGUAACUUCUGUGUUGCUUAUUUUUGGGGGAAAAAUGUCUGAUGUCACUGACCCAUCAUACUUUUAUGGCAGACAUCAGAUAAUCUGCACCACAGUAGUAGCUUCCCUUAGCAUACUACUGGGAGGGGGCUGUCUGGUGUGUCUCAGUAGAGGGAGCUGGGCCCAAAAUGACCAAACCCAAGAGCAAAACCCUUCAUUUGGCACUGUGGAGGACCUUGUGAAUGAAGUUGAACCAGAAAACCAGACUCUGUUGACAUCUCCUGAUGGGGUGACUGGCUCAGACAGAGCCAGCCUCGUAUGUGACUGUGCCCCACCACCUCAGCCCAUGCCUGACAUGAUCAUCAGCACAAAUAUGAACAACACACCAAGCACACCCACAGGCCAGUGCGAGAAUAGGUGUGAGUCAACAGACUGCCUGCUCGUCCAAGUGGAGGAGCAUCAACAGGUUGCAGAUAGACAAGUGGCACGUCAUGUGCUUUUAUGUCUGCUUCUGAUUGUCAGCUUGCUUGCUAACUUGUUCAACUGCCUGUGGUUGCUCUUCAACCCAAAUCCUGGUAGACUUUACUUGGAGCUGCUGUUUUUCUGUGCUGUGGCCAACUAUGGACAGGGUUUUCUCUCCUUCGCUCUGUUUGGACUAGACAAACAUUUGAUCAUACUGCCAUUUAAGAAGAGGUUACGCAGGCUGUGGUAUGGAAGGAGAAAAGAUGAGCAACUGCAGACUGAUUUACCUGAGGAAAUCCGGAUGACCUGCACCCAGUUCAACAAAUACCAUAAAGACCAGUGUAUUCGUGACAUUGUCAAAAAAAGAAGGUGUGGAAUGACGACUAUGGUGGACUGUUUUCUUGGCUGUGAACUAGUGGAGUGGCUCCAGCAGGUGGGCUUGGCUCAGGACCAUGGUGAGGCGGUACUCUACGGGACUCGGUUACAGCAGGGUGGUGUGCUUCAGCACAUAAAGCAGGAAUAUGACUUCCAAGACAGUCAACUUUAUUACCACUUUAUGACAUAAGGCCCAAGGGUCAAAGCCGACAUUUAAUGUAUCCCAAAGGCAAACAGCAUUUCAGUUGAUAGAAAUGACCAUAAAAUACACUUUGAAGUUAGGCAGCUGGAAGAAUAACUUCAAUCAAUCUAUCAACAAAUCCUGUUUGAGCUGCCAUCUAGGAGUGACUGCAUGUUCUGCUCACAUCCUGUGUAGUUUAGCCAUCCAUAGUGCACU